UAAAAAAACAUCACAUGGACUUUCAAAAAUGGAUCUACGACGGGAUCAGCUAUUCCAGUGAAGGUGAAGAAAGUCGCCUGAUCAAAGAAUUUUUAGAAGAAAAUUCCGAAUCGGACAAAAAUUUGGAACUCUCAUCAGAAAAGGAUCGCGAGUGGUACUUCAGUACUUUCAAGCGAUUUAAAUUGUGGAUGGAAGACACCAAAUCUUUUACUGAAUUUGAUAUCGACGCCCAGAAUAUUCUUCAACGACUUUAUUUUCAACAAGAAGCUAAAAAAGAGGAUCCUUUUUUAAAUUUUUACUCUAAAAAUGCUGGAAGUUACAAGCGCCGUUAUGUUGCUCAGAAACAAACAGAAACUGAACAUCUUUGCAAUAUACGAAAGCAAGAAAAGUUAAAGCGUUUGCAGUUGCAACGAAAAGUUGGAUUCCGUAAUCUUUUUAAGCUGCUCGUUGCGUCCAAGAAGCCGCUGAUUGGCCACAAUUUGCUUUACGAUCUUUUAUUCAUGCUUAACAGUUUUCAAGGCCCGUUACCCAAUAGUUGGGCUGAUGCAAAAAAUUUAGUGCAUUCGCUUUUUCCCGAAAUUUACGAUACGAAAUUACUCGCGCUUCACUUCGAAAAUCGCUUCACUUCGACUUCGUUGGAGACCCUUUACAAUUCAUUAAAUAAAGAAGACCAAAACGGCUUAAUGAAGUCGAUCAGCAUUUCGCUUCCUUUAGGAUUUUUGGAUUACCAUCCGGACAUUAUAAAUUCGUCUGGUGCCCACGAGGCAGGCUACGAUGCUUAUAUUACUGGCUGCGUGUUUCUUCGUUUAAGAGAAGAUCUGAAUGGAGAUGUCAAAGAUUUCGUAAAUCGUGUGCAUCUCAUGCAUUCCUUUUAUGUAGCGAAUUUGGAUGGAAACGAUAUCGACGUUACUAAGGGCCCGGUGGUCCUCGUGUAUGACUUUGACAAGCGCAUGACGACUACUGAUUUUCUGCAGCUCUUGGGCGACCGCCCUGGACAAAUAAGCUGGAUCAACGACACGAGUUGCUAUCUUGUGAUGGCUAAUGGAGUGGAUGAGGAUGAACUUAUGAACCACUUGAAGUCUGUUCCUAAUAUUAAAGCAUCAUUACGCCAAUAAACUUCAAAAAUUAUU